ACAGAUGGCGGAUACAGUAAAGAAGUCCCGAAUAGUAAGUGACGACGAUGACAAUCUUGAAGAGUCUUUGCUGGAAGAAUUUAACAUGAGACUAAAAAAUUGCAUGAGCAAAGAUGAUCCACAAAUCGCCGAUCAGAAGAACCAAGAAGACGACACAUUUUAUGAAAGCAUGAGUGCCAGCGCAAGACCCAUUCCCGAAAGUGGCAUUGCAAGUUACGAUUUACUACAAAAUGAGCGCCAACAUUCCUACGACAGUCCCGUUGUGGUCAAAAACGACUCUAGAGAACAUCAAGGAGUUGACGAAGAAACGGAAAAUAUUUACGAAACGCUACCCGAAUACGGAGAAAUUGAAAAGACUGAACCAUCGGACCAAAACGUCAAAUUGAGUUCGUCCGAACGUGUUGAACCUAAUCUUACAUUAGAUUUAAGCCCCAAAGUAGAAGUUGAAAACGUUUGUUACGAAGAUGUAGAAGAAACGAUCGAAAGUAGUUACGAAAUUGUUAGGCAAGAGGAUGCUAACCGACCCAGUUUCAGUAUGGAAACUACAGACUUCUCCGAACAGAGAUCUCCAGAAGACAACGCAAAAUCUGUAAAAGAUAGAAUGUUACUAGCCACAGACGAUGCUGCUACUUUACUUUUCACUCAAACAGUUACCUCGCCUAUGUUGACCCCUUCCGAAGAAAACAUCGAUUUCCUCAAAGGCUUCCAACGGGAAAAUAUCAAUUCCGACUCCUCAGCUUCCAACGAGUCUCCACCCAAAGAAGAUUUAACCAAAACUAGCGAAGAAAACAGUACCAGCGAUAUUAGCGCAGCAAUGUCGAUUAGCGACCCUUCAGCCACCCAAUUACCGGAAAAUAGUAAAGCAAAAGAGGAAAAUAUCUAUGAGAAUGCUGAAUUUCUUAAACAAAAUGCCGAAAACAUUUAUCAGAAUGUAGACGAAGCAGUGAAGGAAGAGAAUAUUUAUGAAAACCUGAAAGAUGUCCAAAGGGCGGUGGAGGAAUUAGAGGAACACGAAGAGCAUAUCUACCAAGAUAUCGACGAAUACGUCGAAGAAAAAAAUAUGCCUAAACAAGAAGACUUCGCCAAAGAAGACGAUGUAUAUGAAAGCGUGGGAGAUGUCGAAGAGAACGUGAAGAUUUCGGAGGAAACGUUUGUAGAAAAUUGUUUAUAUAGUAACGAGUCAGUACCCGAACUAGAGCCGAUAACUGAUUGUAGCAGGAAGGAAAAUAUCAAUGAAACUGGAAUUAUUGAAUUCGAACAUUACGAAACUGUAGGAGGAGAAGAAGAAAUAACGGAAAAAUACUUCGUACAUUCUGAACAAGUCGAAAAGCACAAAGAAACAUUUGAAUCUCAAUCUGAACUUAGGAGUGAGGCGAGUAACGUUGAGACUGUAGAAAGCAAUAUUGGAGAUUCCCUAGAGAGCAAGACUAAAGAAACCUAUUCGGAAUUCGUGUAUCAUAGCAAAAUGGAAAGUAACUAUUACGAAAAGUAUACCGAGGUUGUGUCAAAAACUUCCACGAGCAGCGACAUUAGCAAUAGGGAGAAGGAUACGGAAACCGUUCCUCCUGAAAUUGUUAAAAAUUUGAAGAGUCAGUUUUCGAAAAGCGGUGCUGAGAUUGUAGCUACUACCAAAAAAGAUGAAGCUAGCGAACUGAGGAGAAGUAUCAAUAUUAUGGAACAGAUCAGUAAAUUUGAGCACUUAGAUUCUGGAGAUGGUACAGGCAUCGACCCAGAAAGCACUGUCACUGAAACUUAUACAGAAACGACGACCAUUCAAUCGGACGUUCCAGAGGAAAAAUCGCUGAAAAAGAAGAAAAUCAAAAAAUCUAGGAAAGAAGAAAAAGAGAAUAUAUCAGUUAAUGACUUUGAUGUAGUAAAUGGGGAGAAUGUCUAUAAUGUUAAUGUUAAAAGUUUGUGUAGAAGUUUUGGAGAUUUAACAAAAAUUGCUGAGGAUAAAGACUUCAACCGUCAGGUCAGAAACUCCGGGCGAACUAAGUCGUUGUCAGAUGUUUUGCUUUCGUCUCAUAAAAAAAAUAUUGAGAAUGUCUUCUCGGAAGUCUCUGUGAGAGCGUUGAAAGAGAAAUUCAAUAUCGUGGAGAAUAAAAAACCACUGGGCAUAGUUAAACUGCCAUUUAAAAACUCUCAACUGGUAAGUUGAAAAAUGUUUCAUAAUACCAAAAU